CCCGAUCCUUCCCCACGCUUCCGCCCCGUCCCCUUCCGACGUGCACCUCAUUGCCGUCCCCUCCAUCGCCGCUACUAGACUCCUAGCCGCCGCCUCUCAACUAGUUUUCUGUUGGGUGGAUUUUCAAAAACCCCCAAUGCGCCAAACGCCAUAGCUCGCUCGAUACUAGACAGAAUUGAGUGAUUCGACUUGCAAAAGAAUGCUCUUGGUGUCAGCUACAACGUCGUAAAGUUUCGGACUGUUUCAUCGUUUGGAUUCUAACUGCCAUCUUUCCCCAUCUUUUGCCUCCUCACCUGCACCUGCUCAUCGCCGCCUUACCACUGCUGCAGCCGUAGCAGCAGCAGCACCAGAAGGAGCAGCAGACUCAGCAGCAGCAGCAGCAGCAGUAGCAGCAGCAGCAGCAGCAGCAGCAGCAGCAGCUGAAGGAGCAGCAGCAGCAGCAGCAGCAACAGCGGCAGCAGCAGCAGUGGCAGCAGCAGCAGCGGCAGCAGCAGCAACAGCAACAGCAGCAGCAGCAGCAGCAGCAGAAGGAGCAGCAGCAGCAGCAGCAGCAGCAGCAGCAGCAGCAGCAGCAGCAGCAGCAGCAGCAGCAGCAGCAGCAGCAGCAGCAGCAGCAGCAGCAGCAGCAGCAGCAGCAGCAGCAGCAGCAACAGCAGCAGCAGCAGUAUCUACAGCCAUCCCCAUCCUCCCCUCCUCUUUGAGCCGCCGCGGGUCCACCCGCCGCCGCUCCCUCCUGGCCACCGCGGCCGUAGCAGCAGCAGCACCAGAAGGAGCAGCAGACUCAGCAGCAGCAGCAGCAGCAGUAGCAGCAGCAGCAGCAGCAGCAGCUGAAGCAGCAGCAGCACCAGAAGGAGCAGCAGACUCAGCAGCAGCAGCAGCAGUAGCAGCAGCAGCAGCAGCAGCAGCAGCAGCUGAAGGAGCAGCAGCAGCAGCAGCAGCAACAGCGGCAGCAGCAGCAGUGGCAGCAGCAGCAGCGGCAGCAGCAGCCACAGCAACAGCAGCAGCAGCAGCAGCAGAAGGAGCAGCAGCAACAGCAGCAGCAGCAGCAGCAGCAACAGCAGCAGCAGCAGCAGUAUCUACAGCCAUCCCCAUCCUCCCCUCCUCUUUGAGCCGCCGCGGCAAUGGCAUCCUUUCCUGUUAGAAUAUACCAUGCUAUGCUAG